GCCACGUUUCAGCGGAAAUCUACACGGGCACACCCCCCCUCGACGGGCGCUGGUUUAGUACCAAGAUUCUCGCCAAUGACUGCUGGCUAGGCGCCAAGCUUAGCACCGAAACCGAAAAAACACGUCUGAGCGACGGGUCUCAGCUCCACACCUCGCUCCGACCACGAUCUAGAGCCCUUAAGGACGGGAAGACGAUGAAUGGUACUAUGCUUACACUGGGUUCCUGGCAGAAAUUAUCGGAAGCCCGUCGGGAAAGCCGGCGGCGUUACGCGACUCGACAGGACGACCAAGCUCCAGAUCCUGCCGACACGACAAGCAGAGACGACGCCCCCGAUCAGAUGGAUGAAUCGAGUGCACCUAGUGCUGGCGAGGAUGGCGAGGCCUUCGAAAAGGCCAAGCCUCUGCCAAACACUGUCUCCCAGCCAAUGAUCACUCCGCCAAAAGGAAGGGAAAUACAAUCCGUGCUACCUUCUGGUGUACAGGAGUCUCAGGCUGCAGUCCCUGAAAAGCCAUCGACCAGACGCAAAAGCAAGAAGAAGGCUGAAAAAGAGGACCUUAUGGAAAUUCUCAGUUCAUUGUUAGAAGAUGCUGAGGAAGUGCCCCACGCCGGAGAACAACAGAGCACAGGCUCGGAAAAUGCGAAAACACCUGGUAAACGCAAACGAGGGGAUGAGGAACGAACCGCAAUCAUGGCGACGGUGCAUCGGCAGAAACGUCGAAAACCAAGAAAAAGAAACGGAAUGGAUAGCUGAUCGACGUUGAAAGAAAAGUAUUAGAUAUGAUAUACCUACUGUUGGAGUGCAUAUUAAUUACUCUGCCAUUUUUUCGAUUCCCGGCUCAUCGUCACAUCCCCUUCCCGCCCCUGUCUCAACAAACGUAAUGCAAUUGACCAUGUAGAUUGCAAUGUAUGGUCAUAUGCAAGGGGGACUAGGAGAUAGCAUCGCGUUUUAAUUUUACUAAAGAAGUUGUGGUCGUUAAAUCAAUAAUGCGUCCAGCCAUUG